AUGAGCUCACCGCAAGGUACCACGAAGUACUUUGUUAUUGUACAACUGAGAAGUGGAUAUUGGAAACACGAUAUAUAUUUGGUCGACCAUGUGAAGUGUUGUGUGUCGUGUUGUGUUAGACUUUUGGGGAGAUGUCGUAUCAUUGUACCGGUAUCAAUUGAGCCAGAAUCCGAGAGGGAAGAGGGGGUCCCCGAUUUGGGGAGCUCAGAGAUGGGUACUUUUAUCGAUCUACACAGGAGAAUUCCCCUCUUACAAAGUUACGAGAAGAAACAAGAACCCCUUGACUUACUCGCUAGUUGCAUCGAACUGCUGCAGCUGCAGGCCAUUUCCGCUCUCCUGUAUUUUUAUGUAGGAUAUACCCACUUCGCGCAUUUACUCGGGACGGACCAAUUACUUUUUCCUCCACAGCAAAGUUCUUCCGACUUGCCACCUUUUUUAGUCGAUGCAACUGGAUGUAAUGAUCAUUGGCAGUUGGUAAUUUGCGGGAUUCCUUUUGGCACAUAUGCUCGCUCAAUGGCAAUGGGAGGGUACUCUGCCAAUGGCCCAUUUGUGAAGCCGGCCAGGCACCUGGUCAAUGUAACGGUUGGAUCUUCAGUAGAACUUCGGGACGCGCACUGCCAACUCAUCAAGCAUAACGCACGACAACCUUGUUUACGGUUAGUAUUAGGCCUGGCUGAUUUUUGCCUCGCACUUUUUGGAUCCCUUCACGAAUCAAUUACGAUGAAUAUUGAAGCACAAUACUCGAUGGACGCCGUCGUACUCCAGUCAUUCCGCGUCAAUCGCGCUGCUUGUUGCGAUCUCUCUUUCCCUUUCUCCUUCCUCGUCUCCCUUCACGACCCCAAUGUACCGUGGUGGUGCGGGGCAGUGGGGACAUAUCCCGAGAACAGAAAACGCCUUAAUAUUUCCAUAUGUGUUAUUAACAACCACCCAAUGGCACCAUAUCAAAGAAAGCACAAGCCAUUUUUGGCCAGAGUUUUCGAUUUCAAUGUAUCGGCAGACGACGUUUCUCAGAACGGAGAUUUGGUACGUCUAAGCUAUUCAAGAUCAUCGUUUCUAUACGUUCCAAUGCUGUGGUGGAGUUUGCCUAAUUAUGUUGGUUUGUUAUCACUGGCAACGGCACACGCCAACACAUCGCUCGCCAUCAUAUCCAAAGAGCCGCAUUCAUGA